ACAGAGAGAGAGAGACAGACACAGACACAGACAGACACAGAGAGACAGACACAUACAGACAGACAGACAGACAGAGACAGACAGACAGGGAGACAGACAGACCUCUUUCCUGUGAUGAUGGACGACUACUGUCUCCCGUCGUGGAUUUAUUUGGCUGUCUUCACCGUGUUUGUGGGCGGAGCCAUGAAGAAGAUCCUGGCGUGCCAUCUGAGCGCGGCUCCGCCCCUGAUGGCGUUGCUCGGCGCCACCAUGCUCGCCGGGCGUCUGGGGGCGCUCUGUCUGCCGGCCGUGCUGCUGUGCGCCCCCACCCCCUCCCCCCCCCCCCCCCCCCCCAGCGCUACUACCAAGGAGCCGCUACGCGCCCUGCCCGCCCACGGCAAGGCCGUCCUCAUUACAGGAUGUGACUCUGGUUUCGGGAAUGCGACAGCGAAGCAUCUGGACGCUCUGGGCUUCGAGGUGUUUGCCACCGUGUUGGACGGGUCCGGAGACGGAGCCAGAGAUCUGCAGAGGACCUGCUCCCACCGCCUCACCAUCCUGCAGGUGGACAUCACACAGCCUCAGCAGGUCCAGCAGGCGCUGAUCCAAAUCAAGGCCAAACUGGGCCUCAAAGGUCUGUGGGGUUUGGUGAACAACGCCGGCGUGUGUGUGAACUUCGGCGACGCCGAGCUGUCGCUGAUGUCAAACUUCCGUGGCUGCAUGGAGGUCAACUUCUUCGGGACUCUGAGCAUCACACAGACCUUCCUGCCACUGCUACGCCACGCCAGAGGACGCAUCAUCACGGUGUCCAGCCCUGCAGGUGACCAACCAUUUCCCUGCCUGGCGGCGUACGGAGCCUCCAAGGCUGCUCUGAACCUCCUGAUGGACACGCUGAGGAACGAGCUGCAGCCCUGGGGGGUCCCGGUGACCACCGUGCUGCCCGCCUCCUUCAGGACAGGUCAGUCGGGUAACCGUGACUACUGGGAAUCGCAGCAUGCCGAGCUGCUGCGGAGCCUGCCUCCGGCGCUGCUGGACGAGUACGGCGAGGACUACAUGUCCGAGACCAAGGACCUGUUCCAGCGCCACGCGGGCCAGGCCAGCCCGGACCUCAGCCCUGUGGUGCACGCCAUCGCCACGGCGAUACUGGCGCCGCAGCCCGCGCCGCGCUACUUCGCCGGGCCCGGCGUGGGCCUCAUGUACUUCAUCCACAGCUACUGCCCGCUCAGCGUCAGCACGCGCUUCCUAAAGAGACUGUUCGUGAAGAAGACUCUGCCGCCACGCGCACUGAGGAAACAGGCGGGCUGCGAGCUUAGCCGAGGCCUCCACAACAACAACAACAACAACAACAACAACAACAACAACAACAACGAGGACAGCAGCGGCGAGGACAAACUCAAGUAGCUCCCCGACAGAAACACAGAGACACAGAGAGUUUAGAGGACCACUUCUGAAACUAUUCUGCCAUUGGCUGGUCAAACUGUCAGUCUACUGACCCGAGCCAUUCAUUUGUUUAUUUUUUUCUUCCACUGUUUGUUCUUCUUUCACAUUUCAAGUUGGCUGUUUCCUUGGAUUUGAGCUGUGCUGGCAAAUGUAUAGAAUCUGUAGAAAGUAACAGAGACACAGACAGAGACACAGACAGAGACACAGAGACACAAACAGAGACACAGAGAGACAGAGACACAGAGACACAGAGACACAGACACAGAGACACAGACACAGAGACACAGAGAC